AUGGCAGAUGUGAAUGAAUAUUUCUCUAUUGACUUGUCUAAUGAUGGAGGUAUGAGUGAGGCUGAUGAUUCUGUGGCUGUGGCUGAUGAUGGCAAUAAUGAGAAUUCUAAUCCAGAUCGUUGCAAAUUAAUCCCUGACUUGACAGCUGAUGAGAUAAGGGAGCUGGUGUUUUGUUAUGAGAAGGAUGCUGUUGAAUUUUACCAACACUAUGCCCAUUUCAAAGGUUUUGGUGCAAGGAAAGAUGAUGUCCGUCGUGAUCGAAAGGGUAAUAUUAUUAGUCGUCAACUGGUGUGUAAUAGGGAAGGUGAGAGACAUGAGAAGCAUGUGAAUAAGGUUAGCCGAGUCAAAGAAGCAAAGCCUAUUACCAGAGUGGCUUGCCCAGCAAAGUUCCGUGUCCGUUUUCAUGCAGACUCAAGCAAGUGGAAGGUUGUGCUAUUUGAACCAGAACACAAUCAUGGGUUGACACCUGCAUCCCACGUUCAUUUAAUGCCCUCAUUCAGGGGAUUGACUGAUGGUGACAAGGCUCAAGUAGACAGUCUAAAGCUGUAUGGGGUGAGAAGUUGCAACAUAAUGGGGCUUUUGAUGGGUCAGAAAGGUGGGCAUGAAUCGGUGGGUUUUCUGAAAAAGGACUUAUAUAAUCAUGUUGAUAAGAAGAAAAGGAUAAGUUUAGGUGCUGGAGAUGCAGCCAGUGCAUUGAGUUAUUUGCAGCGUAAGGGGGAGAAGGAUCCCAUCACCUACAAGAAGAACAAGUACAACAAACCGGUUGUUAUCUUUUCUGGCUACAAUCAUCACAAGGAGACUACAAUUUUUGCAUGUGCCUUGGUUUGUGAUGAGACCAUUGAGACUUACAAAUGGGUCCUGAAAGCCUUGGAUGAAGCUAUGUUUGCAAAGCAACCCAAAGCUGUUGUGACUGAUGGAGACAAAUCUAUGCGUGAAGCAGUAAAGGUUGUGUUUCCUAAUGCUACUCAUAGGCUUUGUGGAUGGCAUAUUCAGCAAAACUGUCUUGAGAAAAUUAAGAUUCCAGAUUUCUUGAAUGAAUUUAAGACUUUGAUUUAUGGGAAUUUCACUCCAGAACGUUUUGAAACUAAAUGGCUGCAAGUGAUUGAAAAGUAUGGUAUUGGUGAGGAAAAAUGGAUUAAACAGACGUAUGAAACUAGGCAGAUGUGGGCAACUGCUUUUAUGCGAGAGAAAUUUUUUGCCGGUAUCAGGACUACCUCUCUAUGUGAAGGAAUUAACUCAUUUAUUAAGAGGUAUGUGCAGUGCAAAAAUAGCAUCCUUGAUUUCAUUUAUAACUUUGAGAGAGCUAUGGAGGAGUAUAGGCAUAAUGAGUUAGUCUCUGAUUUCAAGUCAAGUUAUGGUGAGCCUGUCUUGAUUACUGCUUUGAGUCACUUUGAACAAGGAGCAGCAAAGUUGUUGACAUUGAAUAUGUUUAGGGAAGUGAGACAUAUGAUUCAACGAGCACUUAACCUUAAUCUUGUUGAACGAUCAGAGAUUGGUACCACAGUGAUGAUAAAGUUUAGAAUUCGUCGUCAUCCAAACACUCAGUUCUUGGUCAUUUAUGACAAAAAUCAGAACAUGUUUGAUUGUGAUUGUGGGUUUUCUGAAUAUGUUGGCAUACCUUGUUCUCACAUUAUAUGUGCUAUGAGAACUGAGAACAUGAAUGAAUUCCCUGCUAGUCUUGUUUCUAAAAGGUGGCUGAAGACUGCAAAGGCUGAUUCAUUACAAUCUAUCCCUGCUAUGGAGGUUGAUACUGAUAGAAUGAAAAUGCUGCGUAGAGGUGCAAUUUCUGCUGCAUGCAACUUUCUGAGUGAAUAUGGUGCUGAUGACUCUUCUGAUUUCUCAAAUGUUAUCGAGGACAUAUACAAGCUUGUCAUGAAAUUUCAGAAACGUCGCCAUCCCAAUUAUGCUGCAACCAAUUUAUUUGUCAUUGGUGACCCAACUGUUGUCAAAACAAAAGGCGCUCCACGGAAGAAGAAGUAUAAGAAGACGAAAAGGCUAUGCUCUAAUUGCAAAAAGGGUGGCCACACAAUCAGGACAUGUCCUACGAUAUUUGAGGGUAAUGAAGUUGGAGAAAUUUUUCAGAUGCUGAAGAAGAUGAAGAUUCAUCUGUUGAAAUUGAUGGUGAUAACACUGCUGAUACUUAUGUGCCAUCAUUACGAGGAGAUAAUGGAGAGACUCCUAUGGCUCCGCCGCUCUCCAUAUUAG